CAAUAUUGGCAGACAAUAUUUAUUUUAUUAAGGUCAUAAAGGCAUACAAAUAUGAUGCAAGAUUUAUUGUUCAAUAUACUUUCUAUCGAUACGAUGGUAUAGUGGAAAUUCCACGAGAUUUAUGUUCUAUGUGUCUGUUCUAUGUAUGCACAGAUUUUAUGGUUUCGAUUCUAUCCUAUCUUUAAUACGUUCUAUACCAACUAUUUUAUCUAAUUUUUUUCUUGUAUUUUUUCGUUUUUCCUUCUUUUUUUGACUCAGUAUUUAUUUUCAUAGAAAUUUCCCGUCUUGUUUCCUCCUUUAGUUAAUCGAUCUGCUUCGAAUAAGUAUCAGCAAAAAUUUCAUUAUUUAAUAUGUCUAUCUUAUAUAAUGCACGAAGAAACUCGGUAGAUGGCACUCGGUAUAGGGAGAAGAAAAGUACCAACGAAUUAACUUGUUUGGCGUUUUUAAUUUAUUAAUGGACAUGAAUAGAGUUUCACAUCGGUUUGCCUAGUAACGGCGGUUUUCAUUAGUUCGUUUGAUUAAUAGGUUAUUUCAGAAUCAAUGCAUUGCGUAAUGGAUCUCAUUCAAGGCAUAUCUCCUUUACCAGUAAUGAGAUUCACUCCACAAGAACAUCCUGUAUUUUCUAAAUACUCGUGUGUUUGCGACUGCGCUACAGUUUGGAAAAUUGUAUUGGCAGAGAAUUGGAGGGAGAAACGAGAAACUUUAUUUUCGAAUUAUAAAGAAAACGUUACGUCGACGUAUAACGUGAUCCAUUCGUAUGGCAACAACGUCAGAAACGAGGAAGCGCGAAAGAGCGGCGGGAGAGCAUCAGUGAAAUUGGAUAGUUUAUGGUCAGCCGCGUCCGAAACAAACACGCUAGAAACAUUAUCUCUCCAGAAAACUUCUUACAGGAAAAUCGAGGGCAAUAAAAAUGUGCCAAAUUUGUAUCUCUUCGGGCAUCUAAAAUUCUAAUAAGACACCAUGUAAAUAUCUUAGAGUAUCGUGAAAGUGCAAACAGUUAUGGCAAAUAUGGCGGCGAAGUAGUAAAAAGCGAAUUAAAACUUUUUAACUUCAAACAGAAAUGCAAGUGCUAUUUUAUAAACAAAAGUCGAUAUUUAUAUAGCGUGUAGAAGCGUGUUGCUGAAAUUGUUAACGAUAAAAUUCGAUAAAUUAGGGUAAAGUAUUACAAUGCCAAUAUUCCAUGAAAUACGUCUCUAAUUGAAUUUUAAGUAUUUCACUUACAUUUUCUACAACUUCCCCAUUACAUUUACCACAGAUGAUAUCGUACUUACAGAACAAUGUUAUAUUAGAGUUUCAGGUGUGCAAAGAAGUACGAAUUUGGCAUUCCCUCACCAUCCUCCUUUGACAUUGCCGAUCGAGUUGCUUUUGUGCACAGUCUGUUCUUCAAUCAGUCAUGCCACGUACCUUAAACUCUCUGCCAACAACGCAUUGAAGAAUUUUAAGAGUUGCCUGUAACGAAAGUAACUGCCUUCUUCGAUGAUAUUUCUCUUCCUCGAGCAUUUUCAAAUAUCCAUCCUACGAUGAUAACCGUGUUGUACGACUUUCAUUAAAGGUGGCUGCUCGUCACUGGGAA